UUUUGUCAAAACAAUGUAAUCUAAAUAAUUGAAACUGGAUUAGAAAGUGUUCGGAUAAAUUGCUCCAUGGACCCAGUAGGGAUAGAAGUCGUGGGGAAAACUACUCAGGAAAAUCUUUUUCGUUAUCAAUUUAUUUAUUAUAGUUGGAUACUUGACCAGAAAGUUGAAAACAAAUACCCCUCACUAUUUCCCAGGGGUCAAAGCUACAAUUAAAUGUGCUUGUUUUGCUUUGCCACACAGACAGAAACAGUAAGUCAUUUAGUUUAUUGAUGGGGAAAGACAUUAAAUUCACCCUUUUAAGGAGAAAAUUCAUGAUUUUGGUCAUAUGACCAGAGUUAAGAGUACAAGGGUCCAUCUAACAGGUCGUGACGAGCACAGCCUCCUCAGCAAAUGUUUGCUCAGUUGUCUCUGAAGUGUCCCUGUGAAAUAGACCGUCCUCUAACAACUGAGCAAACCUCAUCUGCUGGUGAAGACCGUGUGAUAAUAUGGUCAAAAGCAAUAGAACAAGAACGAGUGCCGCUGCUACUGUAAAUCCCAGGAUUGAAGAUAAAGGUUUAUUGGUAGCUGAGCAAAUACACCAACCGAUUCUGAAAGAGGGGAGUCGAGAGCUCUGCUGGGAAACUACAUGGUGCUCAAUUUUUCAAGAUGUCGUCGCUGGAACAGAGGCUGUCGCGAAUCGAGGAGAAGCUAAAGCAGGAAAAUGAAGAAGCUCGCCGGAGAAUCGACCUCAACAUCGACAUGAGUCCACAGCGAUCACGUCCCAGGCCUAUCAUCGUGAUCCAGCUCAGUCCUGCUCCAGCCCCUUCCCAGCGUGCAGCACUUCAGCUGCCACUGGCCAACGACGGAGGCAGUCGUUCAUCGUCUUCAGAGAGUUCGCCACAGCACCACCCCUACCCCAGCCGCCCGCGACACAUGCUCACCCUGCCCACACCUCCAUAUGGCCUACAGAAGAGUCUAGAGAAUGCAGAGAUUGACCAAAAACUUCAGGAGAUCAUGAAACAGACGGGAUACCUGAAGAUCGAUGGUCAGCGGUAUCCAGCAGAGGUGACAGACCUGAUCAGUGAGGGGGAGAUUGGCAGUGGCACAUGUGGACAGGUCUUCAAAGUGCGAUUCAAGAAGACAGGCCAUGUCAUUGCUGUCAAACAAAUGCGUCGCACGGGAAACAAGGACGAGAACAAGAGGAUUCUGAUGGACCUGGAUGUGGUGCUGAAAAGUCACGACUGUCCUUACAUCAUCCAGUGCUACGGUGCCAUAGUUACCAACACGGAUGUAUUCAUUGCCAUGGAGCUAAUGGGAACAUGUGCAGAGAAGCUGAAGAAGAGAAUCCAGGGCCCCAUCCCAGAGCGGAUCUUAGGAAAGAUGACAGUAGCUAUUGUGAAAGCGUUGCAAUACCUAAAAGAGAAGCACGGUGUCAUCCACCGGGACGUCAAACCCUCAAACAUCCUCCUGGAUGCUAAAGGUCAGAUCAAACUUUGUGAUUUUGGCAUCAGUGGACGCCUCGUUGACUCCAAGGCCAAGACCCGCAGUGCUGGCUGUGCCGCAUACAUGGCACCUGAGAGAAUAGACCCACCUGAUCCCACCAAACCUGACUAUGACAUCCGAGCAGAUGUUUGGAGCCUUGGCAUCUCUCUGGUGGAGCUGGCUACGGGACAGUUUCCAUACAAGAACUGCAAGACAGACUUUGAGGUUUUGACCAAAGUGCUGCAGGAAGAUCCUCCUCUGCUGCCUCUCGGUAUGGGCUUCUCCCUCGACUUCCAGUCCUUCGUCAAAGACUGCCUCACAAAGGAUCACAGAAAAAGGCCAAAAUAUCACCGGCUGCUGGAGCAUAAUUUCAUCCGGCGUUACGAGGUGCUGGAGGUGGACGUUGCCGGUUGGUUUCAGACGGUGAUGGAACGCACCGAGUCACCUCGCAGCAGCCAGUGUUACAGCCAUCAGCAUCAGCUCCACUCGCUCUUCAGUAGGUAGCCUAGCCCUGCCGGGCGUUAGCUUAGCCAUACGCUAGUUUAGCCUAGCUUUAGCUUUGCCAAGCCCAGACUCGGUCUGUUCUAGUCUAGCCCAGCAUCAUCAGCUAAGACUAGUGUUAGACUCGGGCCCACCUGUCCAUCUGUCCACCGGAGAACCUGCAAAAGUAGGAGGAAGCUACGGGAAACUCGAUGGAGGUCUCUGGAUGGACAGAUGGAAUGAUGGAUGAAGAGAUGGACUCAUGGAUGGAUAGAUGGCAUGGGUUUGCUUGUUUUUUUUCGUACAUUGAAUCUGGACAGGCAGACAGAGGAGUAGGGAGCAGAAAAGGGCCGACACUGUAGUUGGCUUCUUUUCUUUACCCACUGUUACACUAUCAUACCACGUCACAUCACAGAAUACAUCACUCUUACACGCUCACAUUGACUUUAAUACAAAUGUGUGUCUAUCCACUGUGUGUUUAUACAUUUCCUUCCACUUUUCACUAGUUUCAUAAGACAACGCUUGUCUCAAGAGCAUCGAUCCAAGCCUUUGGAUUGGUCAACAGAGUAGUCACUACACACUGGAACAGCAUCUGCUACAUUAGCAAACAUGAAUCACUCUUGUACAUACAUUUUAUAGAGGACACAGCAAAGUCCAGUGCAAUUAUUGUUCUUCAGGUGUUUCUAUUAUCUCUGUGUUAGUGUGUGUGUGUGUGCAAUCACUAGUUGUUUCUGUAAGUGAGAGAUUUCUUGCUUGUCAUUUCAAUCAUCUUCACACUACUGCUCUAACACAACUGAGAACAAAUUAAUCCGUUAACAGAAAUAUUAGUCUCAUUACAUUUGAUAUUAACUAUGUUUAGAAUCAUCGUCAUUGUAUUCACCUGCAUAAUUGGAAAAAUGAAAUGAAAAAGAAUUACAAAAAAAUUAGUGUUGCAUUCUAGUAUGAUAUCGAGUAUGAGCCGCUUAUAUAUUUUUGGGUGUGUAUUCACAUUGAGUUAGAAGAGAGCACUACAUGAUAUGGAGGGAUAGAAAUUGAGACAUGUGUCUGACUUUCUUUUUUUUUAAGUAUUUUCUGAGACAAAGCUGAGGGUGUGAGACUUAUUUACUGUUACUGGUGUGAGGACGAAGAGAGGUUUGGAAGUAAAAAGUGGGAGCAGAGUGCUUUUACGUCGAGAAGGCUAAGAACAGGAGCUUAUCUUGUAUAAAGGAAACAAGCGAUGUAGAUCCUCUUACCUGUGGAGUAUUUCUUUACUUCACUCUCCAUUUGUCUACCUCUUUGUCGUUGUCCACUUCUUUGUGUCCACCUCUGCUGUUUAGUGUGACGUAAGACUCCACAGUUUCCAGACCAAAGGGUGUGUGUAGGUUAUUGUUGCUGGUGGAAGCUGACAGAUUUAGACCUGUGUCUGUGAGAAUUACAGACUGUACAAAACCACAGAAAAGUCUUAGGGUAAGUGAUUUUAGAGCAGGGGUUUCAGCUAACUUGUGGCACACCUACGUUAAUAAUUGUUAAAUGACACCAGCACAUCUGUGUUUUGUUCAUUUUUAUUUGUCUUGGUGUUUGACUGUCAGACUUAUAUUUAGUCCUCACAGUACAGUAGAUAGUGUUAGAAAAUAUUUUGUUUUGCUGAUUCUCAGGGUCAUAAUUUUACAAUUGUAGUUUUACCCCAGGCCAAACUUUUGAAAACCGAAGUGAUUAAGCAAAGGCAAAUUAAGAUUGACCAGACAGAAUGAUGCCCCACUACAACCUGACAAGUGACCUUCCCUUAAUUAGACAUUGAGACUCACGAACUAGAGGAUUGUAAAGAUUACAGUAAAUGCGAUCUGUUUAAAGCUGCCAUGUAAAUAUGUAGUUUAUGAGCACAGGUUUACAGAGAUUGAGUGACCUGAUUCCCAAUGCCUCCCCUAGUAAAAUGGACACUGCCAAAGCCUGCCAGUUGUGCACACUCAAAACUCCCACACUUCAUGUCAUGCACUGAACCAAAUCACUGCUAGACACUGGGACCUGGGGAGUGGCAUUUAAGGAGCAAAGAAACUGAAGUGUCAGAUAGUGAGAAAUCUGGGAAUGUUGUUUGGAUGGCAAAAAAGACGAGUGGAACUGAAAUGUCAGGGAAAAAAAGAGUUGAGAGGACAGUGUGAGGUGAGAAGGAAAGCAGAGUAUUAAGAAAGUGGGAUAGGAAGUUAAAGGAAAGUCAGACGAACUGGAGUUGAACGACGGGAAGUAAGAUUUUAAAAGAGCAGACAGAAAAUCUGUAAGGAAAGUAUCAGGCCACGUUUCACAAGACUGCUGUGCUCAGGCCAGCUGGUUAUUGUAAAAAGCUUUCAUGGUGUUACACCAAUUAACCAAUUUUGAUUUUGGUGAGUAAGUUACCAUGUUGUGUUUAUGAUGUUCUGUUUAAACUAUUUUAUUUAUUAAAUUGCUACUGCUGCUACUUUUUAUUGCUUAAAAAAACGCUGCUGUCACUUCUUUUCCCCAAAGGAUAAACACUUUAUUCAUUUUCUUUUAAGCCAAAUAAGUGAAAUAAUGCAAAGUCUACACGUGUAACCAAAUACUGAAGAGCAAGUGUGAAGAGGGCAAAAGCAAGUUUGAUGAAAUGGAUUUAGAAGAGGAAGUUCAGGGAGCACUAACUCACACACGGUUUUAACACACACCUCAAGUGUAGCUCAAUGUAGUUUGUCAUUUGUAUCCCAUCAUCACACUACAACUCUGUACAGUGAAAAGUAUGACCAGAGGAGACGUCUGUCUGUCCAGAUGCUUUCUGUCACGUCCAUCCUUUACUCUGUCCGUCCAUCCCUCCGUCUGUCCACAGGUCGCUGCCUGCAACCUUGACAACCUUGACAGUUCACACCAAAGGUGUCCAUGACUCAACAGAGAAAUACUAGAGCGUUGUUGUUGUUGUUGUUGUUGUUAUUGUUAUGACUAUUGUUAUUGACAUUAUAUUGAUUACUCUCAGCUAUAAUAUAUAUGAAAUAUAGCUAGUGGCAGAGGGUGUGUGUGAGUGUGUGUGUGUGUGUGUGAGUGAGUGUGUGUGUGUUUGUGGGAGGGGGUGCUGUUGUAAAGCAGUGCCAUUAUGUGUCAUGCACUGUACACGGGGAGACUGGCGCACCAACACGCGACAAGGGCCAAGCGAUAAAACGUGCUGACUCGUCUUUUUGCUCAGUGAGUUAAUCUGGCCUGUGUCAGGAAGUAAGUUCAACGUAAUUCAAAUAUCAUAGAAGUGGCUAAGAAAGGAGAAGAAAGGACAAGGCUGAACAUUUAUAUGUAAUAAUUGUAUACAUACAUGUAGGUGCUUUUAGACAGUAACUCCUUUAAUUAUUUAAAUUAUUACUGCAUGUCCUGACAUUUCAGCAAAGAAUGGCCCCAAAAUAAAUAAGUAGAAGCAGACGUUUUAUGACUUAAAUGUAUUCUCUAAUAUGAACAAUUUAGAUGCAUCAAGAUAUAGACAGAAAAAAAAAACAUCUUCUCUUUGCAAGCAAACUGCAAAAAGAUUGGUAAUCAUCAUCUCCACAUGACAAUAAUAAUCUACAGCAUAGAUUUUGAGCAUAAAUGUAGUGUUUCUUCGAGUUUUUGUUGAUGAAGUAUAAAUCAGGCUUUAGGCCCAAGCAGAGGUGCUCGAGUGUGUGGUCAGUUUGGACCUGAUCCUCUGUCUUAGCUUGGAGAUUUACCACCAGUUUAAGGCUCAGGACACUUCGCCCUUGUCACUUCAUGAUACAGGCCCCUGAGUAGAUGAGACCGAGAGUUAACGCAACUCCGUUGGCUCAGCCCUUGUCGGGUUUUAAUUUGGAGGCCACGAUUUACCUUCCGACAAUAAAGGGAGGUCGUUUUGGCCUCACUGC